AUGAGUACACCAGCUGAAAUCAUUAACUGUGCGGGAAAAGCAUCUAGUUUUGACUCUUCUUUUUAUUCUCUUGUAGGUUACCUCUUGCAAGAGGUCCUGGGCACGACAGUGAUCCCGUUAUGUGGGCCCGGUGAAAUGGAGAACUGCACAACGGCGCUGAUCCAGACAGAGAACAGUCCACGUGUGGCUCAAGUUGGAAUAACUAGAUGUAAGCCUGAAAUGAAGGACUACUGCUUCCAUGGACAGUGCGUGUACAUCGUGGACUUGGAUGAGCACUAUUGCAGGUGUGACGUAGGCUUCUCUGGUGUCCGGUGUGUGCAUUCAGAACUUGUCAGACAACCCCUCAGCAAGGAGUAUGUGGCACUGACGGUUAUCGUAGUCCUGCUGUUCCUCAUUGCCAUCUCCAUUGCCAGCUACUACAUCUGCAGAAGGUACCGAAACAAGAAGAGACAAACGAAUGCCGGCGAAUACAAAGAAGUUGGUGCUCUGUAG